AUGCCUGAGGAAAGUACGCAAGACGCAUCAAGCUCCCCCGAUUCCCCCGCUGACAGUCUCAGCAAUAGCGAGGGAGAGCUCGACAGACAACCGAAAAGAUGUGGGAGGAAGAGACGACCAAGCAGCAAAAACGGGGAGGAUUCCGAUAGCCCGACCCUGGGGAAAAGGGGCAAAAAGUCUAGUAGCAGCAGCCCGCGGUCUUUCGAAGAACUACAGACACAGCGAGUCAUGGCCAACGUACGUGAGCGACAGAGGACGCAGUCACUGAACGAAGCCUUCGCUGCACUGAGGAAAAUUAUACCCACCUUGCCCUCAGACAAACUGAGCAAAAUCCAGACACUUAAACUUGCCGCCAGGUAUAUUGAUUUCCUCUGUCAAGUUCUACAGAGCGAUGAACUGGACUCGAAAAUGUCCAGCUGUAGUUAUGUGGCCCAUGAGAGAUUAAGUUAUGCAUUCUCUGUAUGGAGAAUGGAGGGCGCCUGGUCUAUGUCUGCAUCUCACUAA